UCCGUUGCGAUCCCACAAUGCACCGUCCGCUGCGCAGCUGCAGAUGGAAUGUAGCUCACUAGCCCCUCAUGCUAGCCGCGUCAUCGCAGUAAAGUUUGUCAAACCCAUCAUGAGCGGCUCGAACCCGCCGCCAGCGCUGCACUGACGACACACGCGCCAGGUCGAACUGCUGAUAGGAAUCCUUAUGUUGGUCCUGUCUCUUCCUGUAGCUUCAGCUCAACUGCUUAGCGAUGAACAUUGAUGACAAGCUGGAGGGGAUGCUUAUGAAAUGUAGCCCUGUGGGGCUUCACCACUCAUCCAGAGGUCUGGGACCCUCAAGGGUGGACGGAAGAGGAAGAAGAGGCAGUUUGGAUAUGACACUUGGGGAACGGAGCUUGGCUAAUCAUCCCCUUUUGGCUGAGGAUGAUGACGAUGAUGAAGAUGAUGACGAAGACCUGGCUGGUGGAGGCCUGAGCUCACAUGAUCUGAUAUCCCAGGAUGACCUGAUGGUCCACGAGGAGACGGUGAAAAACGAUGGACAGGAUGAAGCAGCUUUCUCACAGCGGAUCUCCCAUAAACUACACUAUACACUCAGUAUGCCAGUAACUAUAAAGCAGGAGAUGAAAGUGCCAGACUCAUUGAUUCUGAAUAAAAAGGAGAAGAAACCAGGGAGGGACCCAUCUGACUGUCACAAAAAGAAGAAGAGAAAGCAGCGCUCGCCUGCAAAGAUUCUCACUAUUAAUGAAGACGGCUCCCUUGGGCACCAGAACCCAAAAUCUCAUGUCUGUGAGCACUGCAAUGCUGCUUUUCGGACAAACUACCAUUUACAAAGACAUCUCUUCAUUCACACAGGUGAAAAGCCUUUUCAGUGCAAUCAGUGUGACAUGCGCUUUAUUCAGAAGUACCUGCUUCAGAGACAUGAGAAGAUCCACACAGGUGAAAAACCUUUUCGCUGUGAUGAGUGUGGAAUGAAAUUUAUUCAGAAAUACCACAUGGAGAGACAUAAGAGGACACACAGUGGGGAAAAGCCUUACCAGUGUGACUAUUGCCAUCAGUUUUUUUCCAGAACUGACAGAGUACUAAAGCACAGACGAAUGUGCCAUGAGAAUAAGGACAGGAAGGUGCAAAAAGCAGCUGCCAAAGAUGGGCCUCUUCGCACCUCAGAGAGCUUGGGCUUCUCUUUUCCUACCAAGGAAUGCACGCUUCCCAAGAAGAAACGUCAGAAGACCUCUGAUAAAAGUCGGGUUGCGCUUACAAGUCCAACUGUUGACAAAGUGGUUGAAGCUGGUAACGAGGAGAAGACGGAAGACCAACUGGCCAAAAGUGAGUGUCUUCCUCUUUACACUGUAGCCACCAAGGUCAAGGAUGAGUAUGUUGUGACAGAUUAUUCGGUUGAGCUCCCUGAUUCCCCGCCUGGCAACAGGCAUCUCGCAGGGGAGGAGUCUAAUGACGAGAUCAUCAGUCCUCCAAAACUAGUACUGAAGAAAAUUGCCAGCAGAAGAGGUUUGAAACAGCAAGCCCUAGAACAGCCCCAGAGCCUCUCACCCUUGUCGUCAUUUGAAGAGAGCAAAGUAACGAGAUACACCUUUGAAAUUGUGGACAACAAAGGUCUCUUGGAUGUCGAGACCAAUCCUGACAUGGAUUCGGUUGACGCCCUACAAGGAGGGCAAACAAAACCGACUGGGAGCAGCACAAAUUACGACGACGCAAUGCAGUUUCUCAAGAAGAAGCGAUACCUUCAGGCGGCCGCGGCAAACACUGGUCGAGACUAUGCGCUUAACGUGAGCAGCAUCGUGUCGCAGCCUUCUGUCACUCAGGCAGCUGUAGCGAGCGUCAUCGAUGAGACCGUUCCCGCCACGAUCCUCUCUGAGACUCAGACGCUGAACGUGGAGAUCAAGUCCAGUAACGAGAAGAACGUCCUUCCAGACGAGGUCCUGCAGACGCUUCUCGAUCACUACUCCAAUAAGGCCAAUGGGCAAGCAGAGAUUUCCUUCAGUGUGGCAGACACUGAGGUCACAUCCAGCAUCUCUAUCAACUCUUCCGAUGAGAGCAGCCCCACCGAGACUUUGGGAACCAGCUCACAAGCACCCCCGGCCGAGAAGGCCAGCCUUUUACAGGAGUACUCCAAGUUUCUCCAGCAAGCACUGGAAAGGACCAGUCAGAACGACACCUACCUGAACAACCAGAGUCUUACGUUUGUAAAUGACAGUGCCAGUCUUGCUGGCCAGCCUUUGUUUUCCACGGAGAAGCAGUUCACCUCCCCAUCCCGGUUCAGACCGAGCAUGAACUCACCAUUGAGAUCCACUUUGGAGAAGCCUAAUUUUAGCCUUUUAGUAGAUUCCCAACACUCCUUCUCCUUUUCAGGUGACGAGACCAACCCUUCCUCAGUUUCGCCAACGGAGGACUUCCUCGACCAAGUGACCUCUCCCAAAAAAACAGAUGCGCAAAGCAUUAGUCAAACGUUUCAGAUUGCUUCUUUUGAUCAGAACUUUCGAUCUCAGUUUCCAAGCUCACGAGCUGGGAUAUCCUCACAGUUUAGCAUUGCCAGUGGACAAGUUAGCCUGAGGGGUCAUGGAGGAACGGACUUCCCAGAGUUCUCUCUUGUUAGUGAAACAAGAACUCAACUAACUUCAUCUCCAGAUGCUACAAGCAGCCAAACCUUUGGCUAAACAGGAGCUUUUAAUGAUUUAAGGCAUUUUAAAGGCACUUUAUAGUUCUGUCAGUGAAGGCAAUGUGAUCUCUGUGCAAAUACUUAUGAUUUUCCAUCUUUAAACAAUCACGCAUGUGCGAGAAUCAAAAGAAGCAGAGUGAUGCACGCAUUAGAUUUUAUUAUCGGACUAUGGGAUAUUCUUUAUGUGUCAUUGCAUUAUUUGUGUAUUACACAUGGAGUGCUUGGGACAAACACACUAUUGCUUGCCAAAUUAGCUAGCAUGUGUGUUCUAAAAUUAAGAAUUCAAGCUACUACAACAAUGCUGUAGUAGUCUAAAUUCAUAGGGUCAAACGUAGCUUCCCCGAGAAAAAACUAUACAAAGAUCAAUUCUUAUUUGGCCUCUUGUUAGCAUUCAGUUCUUUUGCUGGAACAUCAGGCUCAACGUACUGACUUAAUAAUGUAGGUCUAUAGAAACUACUCUAGCCUAGCAUUACAAUCAGUUUUUGUAUUUAAUUCGUUUUGUAACAUGUUGUCUGGACAGGUACUGAAAGGACCUUACUUUAAUGCCCUAGACUUGAGUAAGGCACUUUGUGAUUGAUGAACUGUAAGUCACUUUUUUUUAAAAAAAUGAAAAACAUUUUUCUCACCCAUCAUUGUAAGCUAAUUUGUGUAUUUAAGAUUUUUGUGCAUUUAAUUACUGGUUAUUAAAUACACACACACACACACACACACACACAUAUAUAUAUAUUUGCAUUGUCUGCUCCCAUAAAGAAUCCCUCAAAGACACAUUUUGUUUGAGCAAUCUGCAUGUUUUGUCAUACUGAAUUUGUAUGGACCUAGCCCAUAAUUUUAUAUAAUGAGAUUAUAUAAUCAUGAAAUAUUUUUGCACAUUUCUCCUAAGGUUAUUGGAUCAAAAAAUAGAUAUUCUCAUGCUCCCUCUGUGGGAAUCAGUACAUUUUCGUUAGAGACUGUCUUGCCAAUCAGAUAUAGGUGCACAUGGGGAGCAAGGCAUCUGUAGAGGGUUUGUUUUUACAUAUCCCACAUGUGGGCAUGCAGUUUUAGCAGUUGUCCAGGGCAACAGCACUAACAGGUAUGCACUUCUUCAUUUGUCAUCAUUGUGCCUGACUCGGUGGUUAGUUCAGAUUUACAAUAGUCAAAAUACAAUACUUUGUUAAAAAAAAUGUGGGCAUUUAAUCACUUUGGUUUCCUUAAGAUUAAUUAAUUUGUUGACUUUAAAUAGCACUUUCAGCUUGUGGGCAGUUUUUCUUUUUUUAAAGCAUUUUUCAGUCACCACCUUCCGUCUACAUAAAAUCUGAUAUAAUCUAUAUCAGUGUUGAGUGAUAUCAAGAAAGAUGAUUUAAGGAUGUAUGGUCUGAGAUCAUGUUUUUAUGCUUUUUAUUCGUCUCAAAAACACCCUUAUCCAUUAGCAAAUAUGUCUUUAUCAGAUUCCCUUGCUGUUACUUAUUGGAUUAAUAUAGAACAAAAAGUAAAGUCUAAUGUUUGAUAAAGUUGUACUAAUAUGUAUAUGUACACAUUUGUUAAUUGCACAUCUCUUAUUGUUAGCUUAAUAACUAAUCAUGUAAAUUAUAAGCUUUGUUUCUGUUCUCUUAGAUUGUUUAUGGAAAUUUACCUGCUUGCCCCUAAACUGUAUCUUGAUUAAUCUUAGCUUUAUGAUUUAUGGUAAUAGUAUCAUGCCAAACUGUACUCUCUUUGUAAAUCAUUUUUAAAACAUUAUGUAAGUUGUUUAAUGGUUUUAUAAACAAUUUACACACAAAUUCACUCUGCUUAUGUUUUGUGAAUGAGGCCCAUUAAGAGCAGUUCUGUGUGUAUGUUUUAUUCAUAGUCCAUAUGUUCUGGGUGUCAAAGACAUUUUACCGUUUUUGUUUACGGUCUAUUAUAUGUGUGCCUAAACAUUCCUUUACUGUCGCUUUAUUUUUACAUGUAAAUAGGUUGUAUAUUUUAAGUUGUGCAUUUUGCUGUGCACGUUUCUUGGAGUGUAGAGAGAGUGCAAGAUGAUUUAAUAUUUGCUGUCAUUUUGGUUUACUCAGUCCUACAGUCCCUGAUGAUUUUCAGCACAACUUUUGUGACAAGAUCAUGUUUGUGUUCUUGGUUGUAAAAUUACAAAUGUACUGUCCUCUAAGAAUUGCCUCUGAAAGCAGUUUAAAAAAUUACAAUUUGAUUAAACCUUGAAUGAAUCUCAUACAUUCUCAGAGGAUGAGUUUUUAGGAUGUUAUUUAUCAUUUCAUUAUCAUGUGAUCUGCAUUAUAAAUAUUUAAUCAAUAAUUACAGCUACAGAUGCUCCAGAAAUUGAUGAAAAUGAAAUGAUAAUUUGAGGGAAGACCUUAAUGUCUUGUUUUUGCUUUAUUUCCUUUUAGUAAAUUGUGUGUUGUUUUUUAUUUUUUUUUUCAAGCUCAGUUGCUGUUGGUAAAAGGUCAUACCCAUUUAGACACAUGACUGUUGUCCUUCUUUAUUGAUUUGGUAUUUUGAGCAUCAAAGUUUCAUCUGGUGUUACUGACAUUGGAUCAUUAUUUUCUUUCAAGCUUAAUUUGAGUGUAAAACUGAAUGGUUUUAUUAAGUAAGAGAGCUCUUCUGAAUCGUUUUAGACAUUUAAUUUUAUUGGGGAGUGCAUGUCCUCUGACUGUCUUUGUGCACUGGUUAUAUUUUUAUAUUUAUCCAUUUUAAUGUAGCCGAAUUAUUUCCAUAGAACAUACUUUAAUGCCAUACUUUGCCUAAGACAUGGGGGAAUUUUUUGAUUGGAUGUUUUUGAUUGCGUGCCUCUUGUUGUGUAAUAUUAAAUUUCCAAAUACA